AAGUAGGGAAGGAGAAGAAUCAAUGGAGGAGCUACCAGCACCCCUUGAAUUACUGCCCCAUCUCCCUAAUGAACUCAUCAUUCUUGAAAUCCUUCCAAGACUCCCAGUCAAGUCACUUUUGAAAUUCAGGUGCGUUUCCAAAUCAUGGCUUUCUUCAAUCUCAACCCCACAUUUCAUCAAAGCCCAUCUCGAAAAAUCAUCCCAAAACAAAGAUCACAGUCACCACAGCCUCAUUGCACACUCUUCUGCACCACAUAUAGCUUUCAAGAACUGCUCUGUUCAGUCUUUGCUGCAACAGCCAGUUACUCAUGCAACUAAUGUUAAUUAUCCCGUUGCAAAUACCUCUAGUUCAAUCUCUGUUGUGGGUUCUUGCAAUGGGUUGAUUUGCAUUGUUGUCAACUGUGAACAAAUUCAUAUAUGGAAUCCAUCCACGACAAAAUCAAAUACGUUGAAUGACUCAGAUUUUAUAAGGGAGAAGCAUUGCUACACUAUUUAUGGUUUUGGACAUGAUGAGAUGAAUGAUGAUUACAAUGUAGUGGCGAUUAUAAACCCUCUUAAUCGUGUGAAGAUUGAGACUAAGGUUUACAGCCUAAAGAGUGAUAAAUGGAGGAGGAUUGAUGAUUUUCCCGGGUUUUUCCCUUUCUACAGUUGGGGGAAAUAUGUAGAAGGAAAGCUACACUGGCCUGGUUUCAGUGGUAAGCAAGACAGGGCUGUUGUUUCUUUUGAUUUAGCUCAAGCUAAAUAUGGAGAAUUGAAGCUUCCAAUCAAUGGAGAUGGAGCUUCGUUUCCGCUACUCGGAGUACUAGGGAGGUGCCUUUGUGUAAUGUACGAGUAUCAGUGGUCUAGUGUGGAUCUAUGGGUGAUGAAGGAGUAUGGAGUGAUGGAAUCUUGGAUCAAGAUGCUUACUUUUCCAAGUUUUGGGAUUCGAGGCCAUGUCCCGUUGUGCAUUUCAAGAAAUGGUGAAGUUUUAAUCCAAUUUGAAUCUACUCUCAAGUUGUACAAUUUGCAAGGUGAUUCAGUCGGAAAUCCUAAGAUCAUGAACAUGGAUGAAUGCUGCGAUGCAAUCUACUAUGUUGAGAGCCUGGUUUCUGCAAAUGCUAAUGAUAAAGAAGACAGGCGACAUGGAUAGCAAAGGCAAAAGAGGCAAAAAAGGAAAUUUUCUGGGUUUAUUUCUAGUGUA